AUGGAGUCAUUCUCAAGAUACUUAGCGCACGGUGAAAGAACUGGUCUCUUAACUGGCAUUAAAAUCUCUCGUUCAGCUCCAAAAAUAAAUCAUCUGCUUUUCGCAGAUGAUUGCUUAUUGUUCUGCAAAGCUAAUGAAACUCAAGUGCACAAGCUACUAGAUGCAAUAACUCAAUUCUCACAGUGUUCAGGUCAGUUGAUAAAUUUCAGUAAAUCUGCCGUCUACUUCAGUUCUAAUACAAUACCAGAUGACUGUCAAGUAAUUAGUGGUACCCUGCAAGUCAGAAGCCUAAACAUCUCAGAUGAGAAAUAUCUAGGGUUACCGUUUUUUAUAGGGAGAAAUAAAAGGAUCCCAUUCUCAACUCUUUGCGAUAAAAUGGGCUAUAGGUUUUCUAAAUGGAGUGGCAAAAAUAUUUCUGAGGCAGGAAGAUUGGUUAUGGUCAGGAAUGUCUCUAGCGCAAUUCCCAUACAUCAUAUGACAAGCUUCAAGCUUCCUGACACAACAAUUAACAAAAUGGAAGGAGCUCAACAAAAAUAUUGGAGGCAAAAGGAUUCUUGUAAAGGAAAUCACGUUAUUUCAUGGAAGAGAACUCAAAAACCCAAGGAGGAAGGUGGUUUAGAGUUUUGUGACUUAAAAGUUUUCAAUAGAGAUUUGCUUGCCAAAACAGCUUGGAAGCUUUGCUCUGAUUCUGUGUCGAUGAUGACUAAAUAUUUGAAGGCAAAGUAUUACCCUGAUGAUGAUCUGUUCAACUUGAAGAAGAAAUCAAGUACUAUCUGGUCUUGGAGAAGCAUUAGCUUAGAGCUGAACUUUGUUCUCAAGCAUAGUUACUGGUGCUUGGGCAAUGGAAAAAAAAUCCUACUAUGGAAACAUAGAUGGAUUAAAGAUCUCCAUGAACCUCCAGUGCCGAAACGAGGUUGCUCUACAUCUCACCAAUUUAAGUAUGUUCAUCAACUUUUCUCAGCAGACUCUAUGUCUUGGAAUUUGAAUACACUACAUGACUUAUUCGAAGUGUCUGUGAUAAACUUAAUCUUGAAGAUCUCGAUACAUUCUAAUCAAGAAGAUAGAUUAGUAUGGCUCCUAGAGAGAAACAAUUACUUCUGUAAAGUCUGCUUACAGCAAGAUGAUGGAAGAGCAGCACAACUCCAAUACUGUUGA